GCGACCGCAAGGCUUUACUCUCGCAACGCCGUCCUACUACGACUCAGGAUUACCUUUACACCUUACUCGUGCAAACCCAGUUCGUUGACAACGGAUCCUGCUUUUCACGUUACGUUUCGGUGAUGAGCACAUUGUAUGGUAAAGCUCGGAAGACGGUGGCAGAUCUUUUUCGAUCACAAGAGCCAGAUCCCACCAUGUUGCCGAGUGAAACAUUACAAGACGGAAACGGUUCGAUCCAAGCUUCAGAACCAUUGUCGAUGGCCCCGUUGGAGAGAUGCGAGUCGGAAAGAAUGUGUCAAUCGUCCGACUUACCUUUCUCGCAGGAACAGGAAGCACACUUGCGUUCUCUUCCGAAGGAGGCUAGCAGGAAGCAUACACACGAAAAUUCACAGCUCCAUGAAUACCCUGCUAGCCCGUCAGACUUACGCAACGAAAGUGCGGAGUUGCGCCGUGCCCUGUAUGACAGAGAUCAAAGGAUAUCGUCCCUCCAGAAUGAACUGGUUCUCAGAAACAGCCAAAUUGAAGGCCUGAUGAAUGAGCUCAAUGCAUCCAGGGCUUUAUCUCAGGCUCGAGCCGACGAGCUGCGUGCAGCCAAUGCUUAUCACACAACUGUCGGGAACACGGUGUCGGACGCCGAUGUACGACACAUCGUAGAGAACCUCAACGAGGAGAUAUACCAGUUGGCGGCACAGAUUGUCCAUGUUUGUGAAUCGUCGACAUCCGUUUCAACCGCUCCAUCCGACGACAUGAUCAAGCGGGCUGAGAAUACGAUUGGCUCCUUGUUGACAAAACAAUUAAGAAAGGGACGGGGACGAGACGAACCGAUGCUCAUACAAGUCGCAAUGCAAAGCUGCAUCAUACACCUCGCAAGCAAGCUUACGCGCGCAUGGGCUUUUAUGCUUCCACAAGCUUCAGGGAAUUUGAUGUACGAACUGUGGGGGAAAAUGAAGGUUGAGGAAUGUCAGACUGUGGCCGGACGAUGGCGAGCGCUGACCAUGCGGCACUUGGCGGCACGGGAUACACAUCAAGCGGCAUUGUGGUUCGCACGAGAGUGUGCGGCACAUUUGGAAAACAUCCUGUACCUGGUCAGACUGACGAAGAAGACGGUUAAAGAGGCCAUCCACAAGUACAGCGACAAGAUCACGAAUGUGUUCGACCAUGUACUUUCGCUGCAGAGGACUGUCGUCGAGGAUAUAACUGCCUGCGAAUUCCAAUUGAUGAUCGCCAAGCCUGGCCAGAGAGUCAACCUCGAGACCAUGGAUGAUGAAUAUGGCGAUGGACACACCAUCGGGGAUGCACCGUCGCCGGUCAUUCUCUGCAACACUGGAAUGGGCUUAUGCCGUGUAGCCAAGGUUGGCGAAGAGAACAAGUUGGACACGAUACUGCUGUUGAAAUCCCGAGUUGUCUCGGACAACGUUUUGCACGAGCUUGAUACUCACAGCGCAUCCGGUCGAGAGUCCAAGGAAGGGCAACGGGAAGAAAUGAUGACCUAUUGAGCUAAAGUCCGUGUCGCUGUAUCUUGAUGUGGUAGUAUUCUUCGGACAGCCUCCUCUUGGAGAAAAUGUCAGGUCAUCGACUCCAGCAUGCACGUAUGAUGACGCAGUGACUGUCCUAUCGCUGAUGCAAUCUUUCGUUGCGCAAGGGCUCAGUUUAGCGAUGCAAAUCACUACUCACGUAUUAGAACCUUCGAUUCCGAUACGGUGAUGGAUGAACUGCGUUUGUAUAAAUCGUUGACGAAUGAUGAGCAUGACACACAUAGAGGUGAUGCUCGCAUUGAACCUGAAGCACUGCAGAUGAACCAGACGGCAUGGACAGCACGAUCAUGCUCGCAGCUUUCGUUACGACCAUGGUCGCUGUUGCGGGCACCUUCUACGUCCUUGCUACACUUUGAACUGAAACCCGCAACCCCCACGUGAACCGAGCACCUGCAAAGGGGUUGAGGAGGUUGUCGG